AUGGGAAGGCUCAGCUUCAAAUUACCAUGGGCGCCUUCGACGCAAUCGCCCUCGCUCUCACCUAAAGAGCCCGCUUCUCGAGCUGAUAGUCCAUUGAUAGUCACCCCCACUGCAUCUACGGUGCGCGAGAUCAUCACCUCUAGCGAGCCUGGUGGUCCCCGUUUCUAUGUCGAAAUCGAAGACCCCCACCGCAUGUAUUCACCAGGUGCAACGGUUGCAGGUCGCAUAGUGCUGCUUCUAGGCAAAAAGCAAAAAGUUUCCAGCGUCAAAGUCGAUAUUCAUGGUUUCGUUCACAUCAAAAACUUCAUACUAUCGAGUCGAAGCGGCCUCACAAAAGACCUUUGCCGUCUUACUAUAGAUCUGUGGUCUGCUGAGGAUACCGCACAUUCCUCAGUAGCGUCAGCCACCGCGACAACAACAUCGUCAAGCUCUGAUACACCCUAUUUAUUUUUGCCUCCUGGCGAGCACCGCUUCCCCUUUGAGUUCAGCUUACCAGCAUCCGGACUGAUGUCGUCUUUGACGUUUGAACGGGGUGAUAUUUCUUAUUUGGUCACUGGCAUUUUGAAAAGACCAGGUAGAAGUGCUCAAACUUCACCAUCCCAACCUCUCAGCGUCACCGUGCCCUUGGAUGUAUCGCAACUACCCCCCGCAAAAGUUACGCGUAUUGCCAUUGACGUCACCCAGCGUCGGCGAUCGGCGGGCCCAAGCUCCAAAGUAAUUGUGCAAUUAGAGCUCCCAACAAAGGGCUAUGUUCGAGGCGAAGAGAUCCCUGUUCAGCUAACGAUUAAGCACCAAUGGCUUGUGCAGAAUUCGGCCGGAAUUAUCCUUACUCUAGUCCGCAUCGCUCGUCUGCAUGGUGCCGAUUUCGACGCUCAGACAUUCCGAAAAGAUCUUGAUCAGGUGGUGCUUCCGCUAUAUACUGACCCGAAGACGUUGGUGGCCAACGUUGUAGGUACUCUCCGGGUGCCCCCUGAUUCGUUCCCCACUAUGCGCCAUAAGGAUCUGAUCACUUUCCAGUACGUUUUAGAAAUGACAAUGGAUGUUACUGGGAAGCGAGAUUUGCAGAAAUACGUCGCACGUGAUCCCGCUUUCACUCUAAUAGAUACUGUGGAACUGAAGCAGAAAUCUGGCAUAGUGUCUGCUUGGACUGAGGUUAUCAUAGGCACGUCUCGCACUACGCUUGGAGGCAGCACGUCCUCACAUGUCAGCCAGUCUCAUCCUUCAUUGAGUGAGCGCUCUAUGCAUGUGGACUUGUCGUCGCUAUCGUCAGGUGCAGGACCGUCCCCUACUAAUACACCGCCCUCAGCUUUGCAAACUACUAACGAAGAAAAGGCCGAGCUUGCAGCAAGAGCAGCCGCACUUUUGCCGUCAGUGGCUCCCCGGCCUGCGAUGCCGGGUUUGCAAGAGGUGUCUGCCCCAGGGCCUGUUAAUACAACGUUUGUUCCGCGGCCUAGUCAGGCUCUUGACAAACAAGAAUUGGAGAGGGCCAGACUUGCUGAACUUACCAGCGCACCUGAGGAUUUUGUGCCGCGCUACGAACCGUCCGCGCCCGCACCGUCCGCGGCGCUGGGUAUAUUCCCAUCGGCUCCUUCUGCGGCUCCUUCUGCGGCCCCUUCUGCUGCCCCUUCUGCGGCCCCUUCGGCUGCCCCCUCUGCUCCAUCUGCAUCGACACCGCUCGCGAUCUCCGCGCCUCCUGCAUCUUCCGCAUCAAGUCAAGCACAACCACUGGCCCCCUCAGCCCCGCCCACACAGGAUUCCGAUCUAGAAACCCCUAGAGAGGCUUCAGAGACCCCCGGGACGCCCAAAACAUCCGAGGCAGCCCAUAUUUAA